AUGGAUUCCCUAACGAAUGCUGUGAUAGCCAAUAUGGACCUAAAUAAUAUGGUAGAGAGUAUAAUUGGACGAAUCGACAGAGAGAAAAUCAAAGUGCUUCCCAUAAACACUAUGUGUGCCUUGCAAGUUGAUUCAAUAUUAAAUAACACCAGUAUUUUCACAAAAAUGUCAGAUGCAUCUGCAAAGUUUCCCUAUGCAGGUAUGCUAGAUUCAGGUCGAAUGGAGCUCGGAAAUUUCGAUGAAUGCGUGAACAUAGACCAAAAUAUUAAGGGCAUAAAUAUAUUAGGGAAAUAUUGUUUAGCUGGAUUAGUAAUCCCCGAUGUUAACGACACCUCGAAUAUCGAUAAGAUGUACAAGCUUGCAACUUGCGUACCAGACGCUUGUUCUGCAAAGGAUCUUCUUACACUAGCGAACGCCCUUCUAGUCGAAGAUUUCCCACCGAUAAUCACGGAUAAUUUUUGUUCUACGAAAUACACAGGCAAGGAAUUGACGGCUGGUACCCUUUUCUCUAUGUUCCUGUUUUUCCUAUUAGCAUCGUUAGUACUAAUUUCUUCUGUUUGUGACGUUUACUGCAAAAGAAUGAAUAAAAAACUCCAUCCGUUGCUAUUGGCGUUUUCGGCCGUAACUAACACGAAAAAUAUACUGAAAACUUCCUCGGACUCUUCUGGAGAAAAUAUCCAGAUAUUCCACGGAUUCCGGGCGGUCAGCAUCGCCUGGAUUAUUAGCGGACACGCCGUGCAGAUUUUUGUAAACGGGGUGUACCCUCUCAUGAAUUUGGACGAAUUGCAAUCGUUGAUUAAGGAUAGACUUGCGACAGUCUUGCUUGCGGCAACACUAGCUGUCACAACGUAUUUUUAUAUGAGUGGAUUUCUGUUGGGUUAUCUGUAUUUUAAAAGGAGUUUCAGAAAUUGGUCUGUACAAGUAAAGCAAUUGCCCUAUUUAUAUCUCCACCGAUACAUAAGAUUAACAGCCCCACUACUACUGGUAUACAUAUUUACAAUAAACAUAUUCGAAAAGCUGGGCACAGGACCGCUGUGGUACACGGGCACCCAACUGGAAAUUAAUAAAUGCAAAAAAUACUGGUGGUCGUACUUUUUGUACAUUCAGAAUUACUCCAACUGGGACGAAAUGUGUUUGAUACCGUUGUGGUACGUCUCGGCUGAUAUGCAGCUAUUUCUAAUAGCCCCGCUGGUUUUAAUACCAAUUUCGAUUAUCCUCAACCGGCCGAAUGGAUUUUUACUAGCUAUGUUAACACUAGGCGCCAUGAAUUCCAUGUUCGUGUUUCUGAUUAUCGGAAUUAGAGAACUAUUUCCCGAAACCAUAAAAAAUACGUUCGACACCCACGGCAGGCUUGCCGAUUACUUCAUAGGUCUCAUGAUGGGAAUUUUCAUGAGAUUCAAAAAGGACGAGCCGUUCUUGGGUGACUUGAGCAACAAAUCGAAAUUAGUGAUUAAUUUCCUCACUUGGACCAUGGUGUUAGUGGUGAUGUUCUGCUUGUUCUUUUUCUACGGAGAAGCUGCGAUACAAUUCGGAGCGACCGAUCAAACGCUCUACUAUGCCUUUAGCAGGGCUUUUUGGGCCAUUGGGUUGUCCUGGAUGACUUAUUCUUGUUAUCACGGUUAUGGAGGUUUUAUAAACUCGAUUCUAACGAUGCCCGUUUUCCAAAUACUUGGUAAAUUGAAUUAUAGUAUGUAUAUUCUUCACUAUUUGGUGCUGGGACAUUAUACGUUUAGUAACAGAGUGAAAUGGUUUUAUACUCAUUACAACCAGUUUUACUUGUUUUGUGGAUACUAUGUGGAAACACUUGGUUUUUCGUUUGUGUGGUCACUGAUCAUUGAAUCUCCGAUUAUAAUGAUAGAAAAAUUCAUUUUUCGUGGAAUUAGUAAAGUUGGUACGUCAAUAGCAAAUAAUAAAAAGCAGAAAGAAAAAAUGGAAAAUCAUGAAUUGUAG